AUGGUAUCGCCAAAAGGAAUCAGUAUUGCAAUCGAUAGAGGCGGGACCUUCACAGAUUGUGUGGGCAACCCAGGGUCUGGCCGUCUAGAGGAUGAUAUUGUGAUUAAGCUACUAUCAGAAGACCCGUCCAACUAUGAAGAUGCGCCGCUGGAAGGGAUCCGUCGCAUUCUUUCCAGGUUCACAGGCCGUGAAAUCCCUCGUGGAGAACCGAUUGACACAUCGCUAAUCGAUAGUAUUCGCAUGGGCACUACGGUGGCAACAAAUGCACUUCUUGAACGAAAAGGGGAGAAGAUCGCACUCGUCGUAAGCAAGGGUUUCAAAGAUUGUCUUCAUAUUGGGAAUCAAUCUCGCCCCCGGAUAUUUGACCUUGCCAUCAAACGCCCAGAUGUGCUCUAUGAGGAGGUGGUGGAGGUGGAUGAACGUGUUACCCUGGAAGAUUAUGCAGAAGACCCACAAAGAAACCUGACGAGCACAGUACCUCGCGAACAAAGUCCACCAGCGGCUGAUCUUGUGCGCGGGCUCUCUUCGGAAGCCGUCCGGAUUCUCAGGCGUCCCUCCGAAAGCAAGGUGCGAUUGCAACUGCAGGAGAUAUAUGACCGUGGAUUGAGAAGCAUAGCCGUAUGCCUGAUGCAUGGAUAUACCUUUCCAGACCAUGAGGCCCUGGUGGGGAGAAUUGCCACGGAAAUUGGUUUUCGCCAUGUCAGCUUGAGUCACCAGCUCAUGCCUAUGAUCAAAUUAGUGCCGCGAACCACGUCAGCUUGUGCCGAUGCGUAUUUAACACCCGCGAUCAAGAAGUAUAUCUCCGGGUUUCAGGCUGGCUUCAAAGGGGGGCUAGGCAGCGCCAGUGUCAAGGAGCAGGCAGGCACAAAGGGAGCACGCUGCGAAUUCAUGCAAUCAGAUGGUGGCCUGGUGGACGUAGAUCAAUUCUCCGGUCUACGGGCCAUUCUAUCAGGCCCCGCCGGUGGUGUGGUGGGCUAUGCGUUAACAUCCUAUGACCCGGUCUCCAAAAUACCUGUCAUUGGCUUUGAUAUGGGAGGAACGAGCACGGAUGUUAGCAGGUACGGCUCCGGUCGAUACGAGCAUGUAUUUGAAACAACCACAGCCGGGGUAACAAUCCAGUCUCCUCAGCUGGACAUCAACACUGUGGCAGCAGGGGGUGGAUCAAGACUCUUCUAUCGCAAUGGGCUCUUCGUUGUUGGGCCCGAGUCCGCUGGCGCACAUCCCGGGCCAGCUUGCUAUCGUAAAGGGGGUCCGUUGACAGUGACCGAUGCCAAUUUGUUCCUCGGACGACUGGUCCCGGACUUCUUCCCGAAAAUCUUCGGUCAAGACGAAAAGCACGGACUGGACGAGCAAGCAAGCAGGGUUGGCUUUGAGGAACUCACCAAGGAAAUCAAUGCCGAGUUGGCCAGGGAGGGGCAAACUCGAGAGAUGUCCCCUGAUGAGGUCGCAUUUGGCUUUGUCAAAGUAGCCAAUGAAACAAUGACUCGCCCAAUCCGCUCGCUGACAGAGACCAAAGGCCAUGAUACCUCCAAGCAUCGACUGGCCACAUUUGGAGGUGCCGGAGGCCAGCAUGCCGUUGCCAUUGCCGAAAGCUUGGGCAUUCAGCAAAUUCUUAUUCACCGUAAUUCCUCGGUGCUCUCCGCUUAUGGCAUGGCGCUGGCAGACGUGGUUGAUGAAAGUCAAGCGCCGGAGUCGAGGACAUGGACCCCCGAGGAUAAAGGAGUUCGUGACGUGCUUGCAUCACGAAUGGAAGAGCUCAAGAAUCGAUCGAUAGAGAGAUUGCGAGCACAAGGAUUCGAAGAUGACUCCAUCGUGUUUGAACACUAUCUCAACAUGCGUUAUCGAGGUACCGAGAGUGCUCUGAUGAUCUUGAAGCCAAGCCGAGAAGAUGCAAAUCAUCAUUUUGGAGGGGACGAGUGGGAUUUUGGGCAAGCUUUCGAAAGACAGCAUGAGCAAGAAUUUGGCUUUACUCUCCCUGGUCGAGACCUCAUUGUAGAUGACAUCCGGGUCCGGGGCAUCGGCAAAGGGUUCAAAGUAUCCGAAAAGACCGUUGACCAGCAGCUCCAGGAGUCCCGACCACGCGACGUGGAAACGGGUCGGGAGUACCGUAGGGAUCAGAUUUAUUUUGAGGGUGGCAGACAGGAUACACCGAUAUACAGACUGGGCGAUCUCGGCAUUGACGAGCGUGUGAGAGGCCCAGCGAUCCUGGCAGAUGAUACACAGACCAUUGUGGUAGCGCCGGGGGCUUCGGCGCUGCUGACGAAAACUCACGUUGUCAUCAGUGUUGGCGACUCAGACAACCACCUCGAGCUGAGCACCCAAGAAGCAGAUCCAAUCCUGUUGAGUGUCUUCUCGCAUAGGUUCAUGGCGAUUGCCGAGCAAAUGGGCCGUGCCUUGCAAAAAACCAGCGUGAGCACCAAUGUCAAGGAACGACUGGAUUACUCAUGCGCGUUGUUCGACGCGGACGGCGGGCUGGUUGCCAACGCACCGCAUCUACCAGUUCAUCUUGGGAGCAUGUCGACCUGCGUGCGAAUGCAAUCUCAGAUCUGGAAGGAUAAUCUGAAGCCGGGAGAUGUGAUUGUCUCCAAUCAUCCAGAAUUUGGUGGGACUCAUCUUCCAGAUAUCACGGUCAUCCAACCCGCGUUCAGUGAAGGGAAGAUCAUCUUCUAUGUAGCCUCCAGGGCCCAUCACGCCGAUAUUGGAGGAAUACUCCCGGGGUCCAUGCCCCCGCAUUCAAAAGAGUUGUAUCAAGAAGGUGCCGCCAUCAAAAGCGAGAAAUUGGUUUCGGAGGGGGUUUUUAACGAGGAACGGAUCACAGCUCUGCUGUACACGGAACCAGCCCAAUAUCCGAACUGCAGCGGAACCCGUUGUCUAGCAGAUAAUUUGAAUGACCUGAAGGCCCAGAUUGCAGCAAAUAAGAAAGGUAUCAACUUGAUCGGGACUCUGAUUGAGGAAUAUGGCGAGAAUGUGGUGCAAUUCUACAUGCAUCAAAUCCAGGAAAAUGCAGAGCUGAGCGUGCGCAAUUUGCUGAAGGAAGUCAGCUCCAAAUUUGCGGGUCAAGAUCUCAGCGCCAUUGAUUAUAUGGAUGAUGGAAGUCCUAUUCAAUUGAAGAUCUCGAUAGACCAGGAACGAGGCGAGGCAGUGUUUGAUUUUGAGGGAACUGGGCCAGAAGUAUAUGGUAUCAAGCGGUCUUUGAUCCAAGAGCUGAAACGGUAUAAUUUGCUAACAGGGACAGGCAACAUUAAUGCGCCAGAAGCUGUCACAUACUCGGCAAUCAUUUAUUGCCUGCGCUGCCUGAUAUCAGCCGACAUCCCCCUGAAUCAAGGGUGCUUAAAGCCGAUUGACGUUCGAAUUCCACGCGGAAGUCUUCUCUCUCCAUCGGAAUCUGCUGCUGUGGUGGGCGGCAAUGUUUUGACAAGCCAGAGAGUGACGGAUGUCAUUCUAAAGUGCUUCCAGGCCUGUGCUGCAUCACAGGGUGAUACUAACAACCUCACAUUUGGAUUUGGAGGCAACAUGCUGGGUGAGAAAGAGACCAAAGGAUUUGGAUACUACGAGACCAUCGCUGGCGGUAGUGGUGCAGGCCCGUCCUGGGAAGGUACCUCAGGUGUUCACACGCAUAUGACCAACACCCGAAUCACCGAUGCAGAGGUCUUUGAGCGGCGGUAUCCCGUCAUACUCCGAGAGUUCAGUCUUCGACCGAACUCCGGGGGUAGUGGCCAGCACCGCGGUGGUGAUGGUGUUAUCCGAGACAUUGAAUUUCGCAUCCCAGUGCAAGUCUCAAUUCUUUCGGAACGCAGGGUUUAUCAUCCUUAUGGGCUGGAUGGAGGUGAGGAUGCCCAGUGUGGUCAGAACCUCUGGGUUCGCCGAGUGGCCACCCCCGAUGGGAAGUGGACGGAGCGGUACACAAACCUGGGUGCGAAGAAUUCCGCCCAAAUGCAAGCAGGAGAUCGAAUCAUCGUCCGUACCCCUGGUGGCGGAGGAUGGGGCCAGCCUGGGCAACGGACGCGACUUCUUUUCCCGCAAGAUCAUCGUCAUGGUUGGAGGGGGGGAUCCAUUGCACAUAACCUGGCCACACAGGAGGCGAGUAUGUAG